AUGUCGCUGCUUGAAGAGGAAAAUCUGUUCAGAUUCAACUCACCACUGUCCUCGUACGACACCCCAUCGUCACCGGCGCUCUCAGCAUCUGAUUCCAUGAUGAACAUAACGCCAUGCACAUCUCCAGGCCCAGACGAUGAGUUUGGAAUAUAUUCAGAUUCCGAUGUGGCGUCGCAGAAUUCUUUAACCUUGGUGAGAUCGAUGAACUCUUCCAACUCAGAGAUAGGUUCGUCGAUCUUGAGACCGCCACAACCGAUAGGCUCUUCACCGAAGUCCUCUGGAGUCUCUGCUUCUAAUUCCUUCUCCCCACCUAAUAAACUCACCUCCACACCGGGAAGAAGCAGAACCCUGAGACGAGACUCUUCAGAGUCCACGCCCAGCCCAAUGCCUAAGAAGCGCAUAAGGCGUAAGUCUACCAAGUCAGAUAUCAGUGAAAAAUCUGGUCGUUCAUCCGUACGACAUUCACCCAUUGGGAGUGGGGCUGGAAGUGUAGAUGGAUACCCACUGGGAACUGGUUACACACUGAUGCCCGCUACUGGAAAAAUAUUUCGUAAUUUAUUAAUACUUGAAGAAAGCUUGCGGGAACAAGUUAUUCAACAGAGAGCACUUAGACGGAAGUAUUUGACGUUUUUGGCAGUAUUGUGUUUCAUUAUUGCAUCUAUUUCACACCACCUUUACUUUUUGGAGUAUCCCAGAUCAAAUAAUGGCACUAUAAGAGUAGUACUUCAAUUCACCUUGUUGGCAUUACUGGUUACUUUGAUGUUGUAUUAUUUGUCGGGAGAAUAUCAGAAGACCAUUGUAGCACCAAAGAAAUUCUUGUCAUCAACGAAUAAGGGCUUGAGACAGCUCAAUGUUAGGCUAGUAAAGAUCAAGACACCACUCACCGACAGUACCAUCGAUCUUAUUAGAGAGUUCCUGUUAUUUAUGGCAACCAUGUGCUUAACCAGUCUCCAUAAGGUUUAUCCCUCUAUGCUCAACAACAAGAAUUCCAAAUUAGAGGUUUUCUUGAUCUCUUGCCAGCUGCAAUGCCAACCAAGGAUCGGGGUUACCGAUGUGAAACUUGUAUUAAAUGCAAGAGUUUUCAGUACUGAUGUAAGAGAGGGCUGGGAAUUGUAUAGAAGUGAUUUUUGGGUACAAGAAGGUGUUAGAAGAAGACAGGCCAUGAUGGAGUUCACUCAAAAGUUGCUGCCUCUGGGCCAGCUGCUGCAAGUGUCUACUCCCCUCGAUAGAGAAAAGUUGUUAAAGAAAGAUAGAAAGGAACGUAGAGACAAACGUAAAAAGUCUGUCACAAGCUAUGUAACCCCUACAAGAUUGAGUGAACUGAAUUUAAGAAAGCUUAACAGCAACGAAAGUGAAAGUCUAUCACCCAGAUUCCUAUCACCAGCUUCCUCACCUGCUUCUUCCCCACCUGGUUCACCUAGAAUAUCUGAGCAAUUCUUAGAUGGAUCCGAUGUACCUGAACAAAUAAUUCUGAAAUGA